AUGGAGUUUGACGAUGGUCUGCUCCUCCUCUUCAGAGAACUCCCCAUGCUUGAGGUCGGGGCGGAGGUAGUUCGUCCACCGGAGCCGACAGCUCUUCCCGCAUCUCUGUAAACCUGAGGACGACGGUGCCCAUCCCCUAGGAUGUCAAGAAAACGGGCACAGAGAGAGAGAGAUGUAGAGAGAGAGAGAGGAGGGCUGCAUUACCGGCGUUCUUGGGGAUGAGGCGCCAGUUGCGGGUGCCGUGCUGGGCGAUGUAGGCGGCGAGCUUGUUGUCCUCCUCGGGGGUCCACUGGCCCCUCUUCACGUUGUCCCUCUCGCAGCAAGGAAUCCGCCCCAUCUCCCCAGCUCUCUCUCUCCCCCGCGCUUCCUCCUCUCCCCCAUGGAGAGACUUCACCGGUCACUGUAAAUAUACCGUCCGAAUUGACUCGCCGCCGGAGGAGGGUUUUCACGUGAGGGCGAGGUUUCGCAUGACAUCACCCGGGAAACACAAAAGAAUUCAACGCCCAUUGGGGGCAUGAUGCACCGGUAGGUGGCUCACCCACACAGCGCCCGGUCAACGCUCUCUCUCUCUCUCUCUCUCUCUCUGCCGCACGUCAUAAGAAGAGCAGGCCGGCCUUCCUGAAGCAGCCAGCCGGGUGGCAGGCGAUGCGACGCGCAGUUCUCCGUUUCCUUCCAAGAACUCGAUUUUUAGGCAGGCAGGACGAGCCCACUGAAGGGUCGUAGCCAAGAAGGAAUAAAAAACUUGAAAAAGAAACAUUGGAAGGGCAUGGCGGCAACAAGCCUCCCGACCAUGGCGGCCGCCGCCAUUCAGCACCACCGAUCGAGAGUAA